ACGCUAUUUCCCGACAAGCCAGGGGAAAAUUGUACUAACCCCCACACGCUAUUUUGCUUCUCCGAGCCUGCCAGUAAUUGUGAUGUGGAGCCAUGUAUAGCAUGAUAAUAAUGCUGGGUACACCAACGAACGUAUUUCCAUCCUCGGCGAUUUAGAUUCUAGACAUUUGGAACGUAUUGUUUAGAGAAUGACAGAGCUGAGCAUUGAAACCCAUAUAACGUACCAAAAAUCGUAAACUCUCCACCAGAGCUCCAGUGGUCUUACCCAGAAAGAACUGAUCUACAACUCGACCUCUCAGUGAUAUCCAAAGAAGACAGUCCUUGUAAGGGAGAGGCACGGUAACGCUCACUGUCGGAUUUAGGAGUGGUACGCAAGACCGUCCCUGCAUAGAAGGAUACAUAACAUAAAAUUGAAAUAGACAGCAAUUAUUUCUGCUAUCAGUACCUAUAAUAAAACAGAACAAGAAACCUAAGAGUUACAUUGAACUAGAAUACCAUUACUCCAAUCACAAUUAUCGAUCACCAAACCCUUCAUUCAUAAUGAAAGCCUACAAGUUAACCCAAUGGGGCCAACCGGGCCAAUACGUCGACGUGCCCAAGCCCGAGCCUGGGCCAGGCGACGUCCUCAUCCGCAUGAAAGCCGCCGGCCUCUGCCGCUCUGACCUGGACAUGGUCGACAGCAAGCCAGGCUCAGCACCGUACGCCAACUCGCUCGAACCAGGCUACAUCCUCGGACACGAGAACGCAGGCUUCGUCGAGCAAGUCGGCACCGCGGUAACGGACCUGCAAGUCGGCGAGGCCGUGGUCGUGCACCACAUGCGGCACUGCGGCAACUGCGAGUACUGCACCGACAACGCGGAGCAGCACUGCGAGGCCUUCAAGCGCAACGCCAUCGGCCUGACGCGCGGCUGCGGCAUGGAUGGCGGACUAGCCGAGUUUCUCCUCGUCCCGCGCACCGAAGUCAUAUCCAUCGGCGACGCCGACCCGGUGCUCUACGCGCCGCUCACCGACGCCGGCGUGACCGCGUACCACGCCAUCCAGACCGCGGUCCAGCGCCUGAAGCCGGGCACCAGCGCGGCGCUGAUCGGCAUCGGCGGGCUCGGCACCUACGGCGUCCAGUUCGUCAAGCUGCUCUCGUCGGCGCGCGUCUUCGCCGUCGACAACGUCGCCGAGCGCCUGCAGACCGCGAGCGAAGUCGGCGCCGACGAGACCGUGCUCUUUUCGGGCGACGGCGCCGAUGCCGCGGAUCAGAUCAUGGAGAGGACUGGCGGCCGCGGCGUCGACGCGAUCAUUGACUUCGUGGGUACGGCCGGCACCCUCAAGCUCGCGGCCAAGGUGUCGCGGCCUAGGGGCCGCGUCGUGCUCGUCGGGAUGCAAGGGGGAACGCUGGAGGUUGGCUGGGGCCUGCUGGCUACGAGCUGCGAGUUCGCGAUUAGUCUGGGGAGCACGCGCCAGGACCUGCGGGAGGUGUGUGAUUUGGCGAGGAAUGGCAAGCUGAGGAUCGAUAUUGAGAAGUUCAAGUUCGAUGAUCUGGAUAAGGCGUACGAGGCGUUAAGGAAUGGGACGCUGAGGGGGAGGGCGGUUGUGGUGUUCCCGUAAAUACCUACCUCCUACUCAGGGGUGCCUUGAUAGCUGUAGUUUUGUUUUUACGAGCAGCAUUUGAUAGAGAAAAUAGAUACAUACUAUGUGUAAACUGCC